AUGGCGCGCAAUAUACUGAGCAUAUGCCUUUUAUUUUGGGGUUUUCAACAUUCCUCAUCACAUGAUUGUGUUGAUCCACUUAUCUCCAAUCUUUAUGCCUCAUCAUUCUUGGCCUCAUCCAGAUACAACUUCCUGUACUCUGCCAACUUUGCAAAAUUAUAUGGUAGCAGUGGCUGGUCACCCUCUCCUAGGGACAGACAGCCCUGGCUUCAGAUUGACCUGCUCAGGAAGUACAGACUGGUGGCCAUUGCCACUCAGGGGACAUUCAACUCCUAUGACUGGGUCACUAAGUACACCCUGCUGUAUGGAGACCGACCAGACUCAUGGACGCCCUACAUCAUGAGAGGAGGGAACUCUACGAUGCCGGGAAACUGGAAUUAUUAUCAAGUCAAAAGAAACGUCUUUCAUUACGCCUUCACUGCAAAACAUGUCCGCCUGCUUCCCUUAGCCUGGAACACAGAGAAUGGAGGCAAGAUUGGCGUGAGGCUGGAGCUCUUUGGCUGCCCCUAUGAUUCCUAUGUGCUGCAGUACAAUGGAGAUGACUCUGUAGUGUACAUGUACCCUGGGAGGAAGUCUCGUACUCUGUCUGAUCACAUCGCUCUUAACUUUAAAACACUGGAGCAGGAUGGAUUACUGCUGCACAGUGAGGGGGUGCAAGGAGACUUAUUCACACUUGAACUGAAGAAGGGGCGCCUCUACCUUCAUAUUAGCCUUGGAAGCAGUAUUGUCCACAAUCUUAAUGGGAAGACUACACUGACAGUGGGCAGCCUCCUAGAUAAUCUGCAUUGGCACUACAUCACUAUAAAGAGAUACGGUCGACAGGUGAAUUUAACUGUAGACGCUCACAGUGUCACUGGAUACUGCAACGGGGACUUCACUCACCUGGAUCUAGACAAGCAGGUGUACGUUGGUGGAGUAAUUGAGCCAAACAUGCCUCAUCUUCCCUCGACUCCAAACUUCAGAGGAUGCCUUGAAAACGUCUUUAUUAAUGGUGUCAAUAUCAUCGACAAGGCCAAACGAGAGGAGACUGAUAUCCGUAUACCAAGAAAGAAAAAGAUGCACUUCACCUGCCGUGACAUUUUACUCAAACCAAUGACCUUUGCUGGACCAAACAACUAUCUCCAAGUCCCGGGGUUUUUCAGGAGACCCAAGAUGUUUGUCAAGUUUAAGUUUCGAUCCUGGGACUACACUGGACUGCUCAUGUUUACACGAUUUGCUGAUGAUUUGGGAGCUCUUGAGUUAGGCUUGAGCGAAGGACAGAUAAACGUCACGAUAUUUCAGCCGGGCAAGAAAAAGAUUCAAUUUGCAGCAGGAUACAGAUUGAAUGAUGGCUACUGGCACACAGUGGAUUUGGCAGCUAGAGAUAACCUUUUAACUUUGACCAUUGAUGAAGAAGAAGCAUCUCCUUUGAGAAUAACAAACCCUUUUACGAUUAGAACUGGUGACCGCUACUUUUUUGGAGGCUGUCCACAGACCAACAACACGAUACGAAAAUGUGAAACCAAGCUGAAUCGAUUUCACGGUUGCAUGCAGCAUAUUUUUAUAGACAAUGAACAGUUGGAUAUAGAUAUUGUUCUCCAAAGACAAUGGGGGCGCUAUGCAGAGCUGUUGUUGGGCACCUGCGGGAUCACAGACAGAUGCUCUCCAAACCCCUGUGAACAUGAGGGCAGAUGCAUUCAAUCAUGGGACGACUUUAUCUGUAUCUGCGAAAAUACAGGGUAUAAAGGAGAAGUCUGCCAUAUGUCUGUUUAUAAGGAGUCUUGCGAGGCUUACAGACUCAGUGGCAAGUAUUGGUCUGGAAACUACACAAUUGAUCCAGAUCUCAGUGGGCCUUUGAAGCCAUUUGAGGUUUACUGCAAAAUGAAAUCAUAUAAAGCUUGGACAGUAAUUAUGCAUGAUCGUGCGGAUGGUACAAAGGUAUCUGGGAGUACCAUAGAGAGGCCUUAUAUUGGAGAUGUUAAUUACUGGAACGCUUCGUGGGAUGAAGUGUCUGCUUUGGCUAAUACUUCUAUUUACUGUGAACAAUGGAUUGACUACUCCUGCUACAAGUCCAGACUACUCAACACGGCAGGUGGACGGCCCUUUGGUUACUGGAUUGGGCGAAACAAUGAGAGUCACUAUUACUGGGGAGGAACAUUUAGAGAAAUACAGAAAUGUGGAUGCGCCAUCAACCAAACCUGUGUGGAUCCAAGGUUCCAAUGCAACUGCGAUGCCGACUAUAGACAGUGGUACUCUGACAAAGGCUACCUGGACUUCAGAGACCACCUGCCCGUGAGGAGAGUCGUUGUUGGAGACACAAACCGCACCGGAUCAGAGGCACUGUUCACAGUUGGACCUCUCCGUUGCCAUGGAGACAGAAACAUCUGGAACACCGUCUCAUUCACCAAGCCCACGUACAUAACCUUUCCCACCUUCAAACCUGGAUCUAGUGCAGACAUCUCCUUUCAUUUCAAAACCUACAGAGCAAACUGCGUCUUCCUCGAGAGCUCGGAUGACCACCUGCGCAACUUUAUACGGGUUGAGCUUAACACGACCCAUAACCUGCUCUUCAUCUUCAUGGUUGGUGAUGGCAUCCUCAAUGUAACUCACAGGUCUCCAGUUCCCCUUAAUGACAAUGAAUGGCACUUUGUCCAAGCUGAACUCAAUGUAAAAGUAGCUCGAAUCAAAGUGGACUGGCAGCCCUGGACUGUCCGACGAUUCCCUGGUCAAACCUUUGUCACCAUGAAGUUCACACAGCCUCUUCUCGUUGGUGCAGCCAAUAAAACACACCGACCGUUCUUAGGCUGUCUCCGCGGGUUACGGCUGAAUGGAGUUCCGUAUGAUUUAGAGGGAAAAGUGAAUGAAGAACAAGGGAUCCGGAGAAACUGCAGUGGACAGUGUGUGAAUGCCACCGUACCGUGUCGGAACGCCGGCCAGUGCAUCGAGGGCUAUGCUUCCUACUGGUGUGACUGUAACAACACGGCAUUUGAUGGUUUCUAUUGUCAUAAAGACAUUGGAGCGUACUUUGAGGUGGGCUCAUGGUUGAAGUACAACAUUCUGAAACAGCCCAUCUCAGAUGAAGCGGCCUGGGCAAACUGGAUCGACCCUCACUACGAUAACUUUACUCUGGGAUACAACGACACAGCGGACGACAUUGAGUUCAGCUUCAGCACAGUGCACACUCCAGCUGUGUUACUCUACAUCAGCUCCUUUGUACAGGACUACAUAGCUGUUAUACUCAAAGUAGAUGGUAGUGUUGAUCUGAGGUAUAAAUUGGGUCUAAUAACUCACAAAUAUGAACUGACGCGGAGGAACCUUGCGGAUGGAUUUCCUCACUAUAUCAAUAUAACCAGACAUAACCACACUAUUAAAACACAGGUGGACUACAUGGAGCCAAAUGUGGAAAAGAUAACUUUAGUUGAAGAUGCCAGAUUUGACUCUCCCAAAUCGAUGUUUCUUGGCCGAGUUAUGGAGGUUGGUGAUAUCGACUAUGAGAUCCAGAAACACAAUGCGCCUGGGUUUAUCGGCUGUAUCUCUGGGGUGAGGUACAAUGUCUAUGCUCCUCUGAAGGCGUAUUUCAGACCGAACGUGACCGACCCCCCAGUGACCACCCAGGGUAUCGUCACAGAGUCUGUAUGCGGAGCGUUCCCCCCUGUCCUGGGGUAUGUGCCCUGGGAGGUAGACCCCUGGUUCACCACUAUAGAAUACAUCUAUAUCCAUGAUGACCUAGGGCUGUUCUGGAUAAUAGUCAUUGCUAUCCUGGCGUUCCUGCUGCUCUUAGCCGGCCUCUACAGCAUCUAUGUGUACGCCUAUCAGCAGAAGGGCAGCUACCACACCAACGAACCCAAAAACCUUGAAUCCCCGAGUAGCUCCAGACCACUGACCGAAACGCUGCGCCGAGACAUCAAGAAGUCCCUCCCAGAGAUAGAAGAAGAGUUCAGAACGGGCUAGCAUC